AUGACUGCUGCAUCCCCGUCCUACCUGGUGCUACCAGGCUUCCCUCCGGAAUCAGGAGACUCUUUUACUAUUACUGUGUUUUGCAUAAAAUUUAAAACCCAUGGGGAAUACACUAAACAGGUUGAGUACUCAGCAAUAGAUGAGGAAACUUAUCAGAAAUGCAGAUCAGCCACAGCACUUUUACAAAGUAGCAUAAGACAAAUAAAAGAAGCAAGAGCAAACCUCCAAGAAUUAUAUAACGAGGUUAGAGAUGAGUAUAAAAACUGCAAAAACAAGUCCGAAAGGAAGGAUUUGAUGAUUGAAAUUGAACAAAUAGAGGAAGAAUCGCAGCUACAAUCUGCGAUAGCUGAAGCAAACGACCUAACAUUCAUGCUAACAGCGCGCCUUGAUGAAACAAAAAAUAUGCGCGAAAAUAUGGAAAUCAAACUGGGAUACAUGUCCCUAAAGCCCCAAAGAGACAAUAAUGUCAACAAUGAAGAAAACGAAGAAGGGGAUGGUGAAAUUGAUAAUACAAACGAAAAUUGCGUGAGAGACACCACAAUGCCAUCUUGCUCGCAAGACACAUCAAAUUCAGCAUCCACAUGCAAUAGUGGCACAGCCAAAAGGACGCUGAGGUCAAUAAAACCUCCACAAGCCACACUACCAAAAUUUUACGGGAAUUCUGACGACUUCCCAGAAUACUGGGCCGUUUUUGAAGCCCUUGUCCAUAACAGUGAAGAACUGGACAUUAUGGAAAAGAUACUACUACUCAAAGAAAGUUUAAAGGGUCGAGCGCAAACAGCCAUCAAAGGGAUAAAACUCAUUCCUGAAAAUUACAAUUGGUUGAUCAAAACUUUACAGGAGAAUUACUCCAAUCACCAGUCUAAUAGAUCACAAAUAGUCAAAAAAUUGGUCAGUAUGAGUGUGGCAAACAAUUCCGCAGACAUCUGCUCUGCAACAUUUGAUCAAAUAAGAAUGCUGACCUACCAAAUGAUUUCUGCAGGAUAUCAUGUAGGGAAAACCUGCGACCCAAUGUGGUGUGAAACAAUCUUAUCUAAAUUCCCUGAAGACAUCAUAAAAUCUGUAUUAGUGGCCAGUCAAUCACAAGACCGGCAAACAGUUGAUGACCUCAUGAAUCUCUUAAAAAUAGAGAUCACUGCAAAAGUCUACGUCGAAAGCAGACUUGGCCAUAAACAUAUCAACAAGGCCAUCCCAUCAAAGACCAAUCAUGACAACUUAAGGACUAAUCGUAACUGCUUGUUCUGUCAUAAGGACAAUCAUGUAUCAAUGCAGUGCCGAACGGUCACGGAUCAAAGCAUUCGCCGCAAGAUGCUUAAGGAGCAGAAUCGCUGUUGGAAAUGUUGCUCCCCUAAUCAUAGCAGCUUUGAUUGCCAAAGAUCAGACUGUCUAAAGUGCGGACAAAAACACCACAUGAGCCUCUGCUUUAAGACAGAGCAACUCAGCCAAAACAACAGCUCGAAACCCAAAUUUGUUCGUGUUGGCCAAAACCAGCAAAGGCAACACAGCUGGCAAAAUAGAGAGGAAAACAAUCGAAAUAUUCCACAAAGGCUCAAACCAAUAAACACUCAGGUGUCUGUGGAACCCCCACAGAUCAAGGAAAACUCCAUUCAGCACAGUCAAACUAGCAAACAACUAAUAUUAAUGACUGCUGAAGGCAAUAUUUGGGAUGCCAGAAAACAGACAUAUGAAAAAGUGCUAUUUUUCUUCGAUUCUGGGGCACAAAAAACAGUAAUCGAAGAAAAUCUUGCACAACAGCUCGGUCUACCCAAGAACACGACCGAAAUCUGCACCAUGUCCGGAAUUGGUGGCCAUAUCGAGUGCUUCGAAAGUCAUAAGGUUCCGGUAAAACUAGGAACUGCUUUCGGAGGAGAAAUUUGCAUGACCAUACAGACCAAACCAGUCAUAACAAACGGAUUCCCUUCAGUGAAAUUGAACACGGAAGAUAUUGAGUUCUUGAAAACAAACACUAUCUGUCUAGCAAAUUCAAAGCUUCGUGGUGAACAUCAAAAUCCACACAUUCUCGUUGGACUGGACUACUACCACGAUUUAGUUACGGAUCCAGCAAACGGAAUCCGAACACCAUCUGGCUUUCAUAUAGCAAAAACGGUUUUUGGACCCACAAUUUAUGGUCGAGGAAUCAGCAAAGUAAGUGAAACCGCUAACACAGUAUGUCACAGCCUGACAAUUUCCGAAAACACGGAACAAGAACUCUUACAGAAAAUGUUUGAGUUGGACGGCCUCGGUAUCAUGCCGGAAGAAACCCAGGGAGACGAAAAAGUUCAAAGAUGUUUCGAGGAAUACUCGAAAUUGAUCUCAUUUGAAAACAACAUCAUCACAGCUCCCUUUCCGCUGAAAGAAAAUGUAAUCCAGUUAGAAAAUAACUACUCAGUAGCUAUAAGAAGACUAGAAUCCUUACAAAACAUCCUCUUAUGUAAUCCUGAACAAAAGCAAUGGUACUGCGAUCUUGUGAACAAAUAUGUCAGCGAAGGGAUCGUAGAGAACUUCGACACAGCAGACCGCUAUGCAGCUGGAAUCUAUUACAUGCCACACAGAGGGGUAUGGAAACCACAGAAAAUGGUUCCUUUAGGGAUAGUUUUCGACGCUUCGUCUAAACGAAGAGGCCACCUCAGCCUGAACGACGUCAUUCGAAAAGGGGAAUCCUUCGUUAACAGAAUACACGACAUUCUUACCUCCUCAAGGUUCACGAAGAUCGUCUUAAUGUGUGACAUUGAAUCCGCCUUCACACAAAUUCGACUGGUAGACGCACACAAGGAUCUAUGCAGAUUCUUGUGGCUUCGGAAUGUCAAUCACCCACCAACAAAAGACAACGUCAAAUAUAGAUUUAGAAGGUUGCCUUUUGGAGUUACUGCUUGUCCGAGUAUACUAAACAUGGCGAUUCUGUCCUACUUGGAAUCCCAGAACUCGGGACUAUCCACAGAAAUUGCCAAGAAUUUGUAUGUGGAUAAUAUACUUUUGCAAGCAAAAUCGGUUCCUGAAGCUGUAAGAAAGUACAAGGAAUCAAAGUAUCUCUUCAGCAAGAUAGGGAUGAAUCUACGCGAGUAUAUCUCAAAUUCUGAAGAAGUAAAUUCAAGGAUUCCAUAUUCCGACAAACUCCAAUCUGGAUCAAUGAAAAUACUAGGAGUUGAUUACAAUACUAUAACAGACAACUUUACUGUGAGAACAAAGUUUGUUCACAAUAAAAAAUUAACUAAGGGAGAUGUCGUGAGCCAAACUAAUUCCAUUUACGACCCAAUAGGUCUCACAGGACCGCUCAUGGUUAAACUGAAGUCCAUGAUGCGAGAAAUCUUCGAUUCAAAAGUGGACUGGAAAACUCCGCUCGAUCAAAAGAUAUGCGACGAAUGGUACAAAUUGUGUAAAGAAGUAGAUCUAGCAACAUUAUCAAUUCCUAGGUACGUACUAUCACCCAGAGUGGCGGAUAGGGGGCUAACCGCGGACCAAAAGCGACCUUGUGCUUGCCCAGAGACGCAGGUGGAUUCAGGGGAUGGACUCCCUGCUUCUGCUGUGCCAGGACUGACUCAUAAAAUCAUUGUAUCCCGCACGUCGGUCCGGCCAAAAGCCUGCAAUCAAUUGACUGGGAGGUGCAAGGGAGGCGGUUUGGAGUCGCCUCCAACAAAUAAGCUCCACAUGUCCACUCUGGGAGAACGGAAGUUCUCCCAAAAACCCAUGGGACUAGAGGCUUGCAACCUGCCCGUGGGUUUUAAAUUUCAUGCAAAAAACAGUAAUAGAAAAGAGUCUCCUGACUCCGGUAGAAAGCCUGGUACGGUAGCGCCAGGUAGGACGGGGUUGCAGGAGUCAUGUAGGCUACCGAAACGGAAAAGGACUAGGAUGACGAUCUGUACUUAUAACGCACGCACGCUUGCAUCGGAAGCGACCAUCGAAGAUCUGAUGGUGCAAGCCAAGAAGAUCAAGUACGACGUCAUCGGACUGACCGAGACGAGACGACGUCACUCUCUCAACGCUGUAUUUGAAACUGGAGAAGAACUGUUCUUAGGAACAUGCGACAAUAGAGGUGUUGGUGGAGUUGGCGUCCUCGUCAACACGAGUAUGGCACAGAACAUCGACUCUUUCGAACAACUCACGACCCGAAUCGGACGUCUGCGGAUGAGAAGAUGUGGUCCCACACCGGCUUUGACUAUCUUCGUCGCUUACGCUCCAACAUCAAGCUACGAAGAAGAAGAAGUCGAAGCUUUCUAUAUGGACCUGGAGAAGUUCUACCGAGAAGAUCAUGCCUUUUACAAGGUCAUAAUUGGCGACUUCAACGCCAAAGUUGGCCCAAGAAGAACGCCGGAGGAACUUCACAUCGGGACCCACGGCCUACAAUGGAAUGACCAGGGGGAGAGGCUUUCCGAGUUCAUCAUGACGACUAAGACCAUCCAUGGGAACUCGCAAUUCCAGAAGCCCUCCUCUCUACGCUGGACGUGGGAGUCACCCGGUGGAGGGUACCGUAAUGAGAUAGACCACAUCAUCGUCAAUAAAAGGUUCUGCCUGACGGAUGUCGCUGUUGUACCAAAGUUCUAUACGGGAUCGGACCAUCGCCUCCUCCGAGGAAGAUUUUCUUUCACGCGGAGAGCAGAGAAAGCCGCCAAGUUCAGCAAGAGAAAUCCCAGAACUACCAUCAACUGGGAUCUCUUCGCUACGUUAGCCGGCUUUUGGGAAGAUUCCGCAAUGGACAACAUCGACGAGGAAUACGACCGGCUUGUCAAACACCUUCAUGACUGCGCGAAGAAGGCUGAGAGUAUUAAAACAACCAAGAGACGCCUGUCUCUUGAAACUCUUGAGCUGAUACGCCAGCGUGGAGCAGCACGAGCCGCAGGGAACCAAGAGCUUACGUCCGAGCUCGCAAGGCUUUGCAGAGAGGCGAUAAAGAAAGACCUUAAAGAGAGAAGAGCAGAAGUGCUGGCUGAAGCAGCAGAGGCGGGAAAAAGCAUCCGCUAUGCCCGCCGAGACUUCGCCAGUCGCAAGACAAAGAUGACAGCUCUCCGGAACCCGAAGGGAACAACCAUUGCAUCGAGAAGGGGAAUGGAGAAAAUCAUCUACGACUUCUACUCUGAUCUCUUCGACAGCCGUGCCCACUUGCCUCCUCACCAUCUGAGGGAAGAUGGACAUGUCAUUCCAGCGGUUCUCCCGUCCGAAAUACGACAUGCUAUCAUGUCGGUGAGAAAUCGUACAGCAGCCGGUCCCGACAGAAUAAAACCAGAACACCUGAAGAACCUUCCGCCAGUACUCAUCAACACCCUGGCGAGGAUCUUCACACGUUACCUGUCGGAAUGCAAGGUCCCUAAACAGUGGAAGACCAGCAAGACCGUGUUGCUGUAUAAAAAGGGAGAUCCACAUGACAUCGGCAACUAUCGCCCAAUCUGCUUACUGUCCGUCAUCUACAAGCUCUUCACAAGAGUGAUCCUUAAUAGGAUUGAAAAGGUCUUGGAUGAAGGACAACCAUGCGAGCAAGCAGGGUUUCGAAAAGGAUUCAGCACGAUCGACCAUAUUCACACUGUUUCGAGACUCAUCGAGGUAUCACGAGAGUACAAGAUGCCGCUCUGUCUCACUUUCAUCGACUUGAAGAAGGCCUUUGACUCAGUUGAGACGGAAGCGGUCGUGGAAGCCUUGGACAACCAAGGCGUUCCCACUCAGUACAUAAAGGUGCUUCGAGAGUUGUACAGUAACUUCACGACCGGAAUCUCGCCAUUCUACAAGAAUAUCAUCAUUGACGUGAAGAGGGGGGUUCGACAGGGUGAUACAAUCUCACCCAAAAUAUUCACAGCCACCCUCGAGAACGCAAUGCGAAAGUUGGAAUGGGACGACAUGGGAGUGAAGAUCGAUGGUCGGCAGCUACACCAUUUGCGCUUUGCUGAUGACAUCGUACUGAUAACACCUAGCAUCAGCCAAGCGGAACGAAUGCUGACCGAAUUCGCCGAAACAUGUGGAUGCAUCGGUCUUGAGCUGAAUCUUCAAAAGACGAUGUUCAUGCGGAACGGAUGGAUCUCGGAUGCCCCAUUCACGCUCAACGGAACGAACAUAUCCGAAUGCACCAGCUACGUCUAUCUGGGUCGGGAAUUGAACAUGAUGAACGACCUGGCCCCCGAGCUGGGCAGGAGGAGAAGAGCGGCUUGGGGAGCGUACAAGAGCAUCGAGGACGUAGUGAAGAAGACCAAGAACACCCGGCUCCGUGCUCACCUCUUCAACACCACCGUACUUCCUGCUUUGACCUAUGCCUCAGAAACCUGGGCACUUCGCAAGCAGGAAGAAAACGCGGUGAGCGUCAUUGAACGCGCAAUUGAGAGAGUGAUGCUAGGAGUAUCCCGUUUCAAGCAAGUGAGAGACGGGAUUCGAAGUUCUCUCCUACGUCAGCGAUCGAAGAUCAGAGACGCCGCCGCGUUUGCCAAGGAAAGUAAAAUAAGGUGGGCCGGACACGUGAUGCGCUUUAACGACAACCGUUGGACCAGAGCCGUGAGCGACUGGAUUCCCCGCGAUAUUAAGCGCAAUACAGGAAGACCGCCGACCCGAUGGUCAGAUUUCUUCACGAAGUCCUUCAAAGAAAAUUACGAUGCUCUUCGUGUCCCACGCGAAAGGAGGAACCACUGGGCUACUCUGGCACGCGACCGGGACAAAUGGAAGAAUUACUGGCGCCCGCUCGACCGGUUCGAAGACCAACGGGAGUCAAGUGAAAUUGCCUGGUACUGGAUCAAAUCUUCAAAAAAAGUUCCUGUUUUCGUGGCAAAUCAGCGAGCAAAAAUACUUAGUAUUAAACAGCAACUCGAUAAUCGUGGUGCUACGGUCAAAUUUUUCCAUGUUAGCACCGAAAACAAUCUAGCUGAUGCUGGAACGAGAGGUCUGACAGCACAAGAAAUUAUCGAGAAUGACUGGAUCAAAGGACCACGCUGGCUGGAAAAUCACUGCAGCGGGUGGCCUAUCAAGUCGAUAAACACACUAUCUGACGUCCAUGAGAAUGACGAAAUAGAAACAAUGGUUACUACUACAUUGAAAGUAACCACGUCAGAAAACAAACAACAAGAACAGCUUAUUGAUCUCAAGCGUUUUUCGAAAAUCGACAACGUGCUACGUGUGCUAGCAAAGACUGCAAAAACAAUGAAAAAUUGGGUUGCAAAAACCAAUCAAAAUCGCUCGUCACCGAUAAAAGUAUCAGAAGUCGACAAAUUUGAUAACGUGUUCGAAAUAACGGCAUCAGAUAUGGUCAACGCGGAACGCCUUCUAAUUAGCCAUGAACACAGAAGCAUUAAUCUUGACGCUCUAAAAAAAGCGAUUUCAUGA